GUUGCUCGUCCGAAAAGGACAACACCGCCGUACACAGCAUGGGGCCAGAAGAAAAUCAAUUCAGCCUCCGUGCCACCAAGCAGGCGAUGUCGAUGAAGAUCCAGCCGUUCGUGAUGCGAGCAGCAUCGCCUAUGAUGCACCGUCGGAACACUAUAAGGUUCCCCGCUUAUACAACCGAGAAGGGGUCGGCGUUUGCAAUGGCUUCUCACGCCAUAACCAGCAGUCUGAGCUUCCCAGUUAAGCUCUCUGCGAAGGGCCUGUCAGAUUCAGAUUCCAAAUCGAAGCUUUUUUUAGCUUUCCGGUCACUAAGAAAAUCCAGAAAGGAGGUUUCUCUCUCGGUUCGCGCGAUGGGCUCCUCGGCGUCAUCCGGCAAACCAGACGGCAUCGGAGUAAGCCAAGGAGAUUAUGCUUCUAUGAGUGAAGAAGAAUGGAAGAAGAGGCUCACAGAGGAACAGUUUUAUGUGGCUCGGAAAAAGGGGACUGAGAGGGCCUUUACUGGGGAAUAUUGGAACACCAAAACUCCUGGGACAUAUAAUUGUAUCUGUUGUGACACUCCUUUAUUUGAAUCAUCAACCAAAUUUGACAGCGGAACAGGCUGGCCAUCAUACUAUCAACCGAUAGGAAACAACGUGAAGUCGAAGCUUGACCUGUCUAUUAUUUUCAUGCCCCGCCAAGAAGUUCUUUGUUCAGUAUGCGAUGCUCAUCUUGGCCAUGUCUUUGAUGAUGGCCCACCGCCCACGGGAAAGCGUUACUGUAUCAACAGUGCUUCCCUCAAAUUGAAACCCAAGUAGAAGGUAAGAGUAGUCUGUAGAGGAGAGGUAUAUGAGUUCAUUUCAAAUACAGUGAGAAACUUGUGUGUAACUGUUGCUCAUUUCCGGACCACUUUUGUUCUUCAAGUGCCUCCCUUGUGAUUACGCUUCUGGUGGGAUUUACUAUUUGGCUUUUGCUCUUAUUUUCUUGAUUGAAACGCUUGAAAAGUAAAUUCGCCUGUUGGCCCA